GCCCACGCCAGUUAAAUGGGCCGGCAGAGCGCAGCCCCCGGAAACGGCGAGCACUCUGGGGCUGCAGGCACUUCAGGCAACAACGAGGCUGCGCAGAGAACACCAUGGCUGAGCAGGUGGCCCUGAGCCGGACCCAGGUGUGCGGGAUCCUCCGGGAAGAACUGCACCAGGGCAACGCCUUUCACCAGUCCGAUACGCACAUUUUCAUCAUCAUGGGCGCAUCGGGCGACUUGGCCAAGAAAAAGAUCUACCCGACCAUCUGGUGGCUGUUCCGAGAUGGCCUUUUGCCCGAAGCCACCUUCAUCGUGGGCUAUGCCCGCUCUCGCCUCACCGUGGCCGACAUUCGCAAGCAGAGUGAGCCCUUCUUCAAGGCCACCCCAGAGGAGAAGCCAAAGCUGGAGGAGUUCUUUGCCCGCAACUCGUACGUGGCCGGCCAGUACGACGACGCAGCUGCCUACGUGCGCCUCAACAGCCACAUGGACGCACUCCGCCAGGGCUCUCAGGCCAACCGCCUCUUCUACCUGGCCCUGCCGCCCACCGUCUACGAGGCUGUCACCAAGAACAUCAGCGAGAGCUGCAUGAGCCAGACAGGCUGGAACCGUAUAAUCGUGGAGAAGCCCUUUGGGAAAGACUUGCAGAGCUCCGACCGGCUGUCCAACCACAUCGCCUCCUUGUUCCGCGAGGACCAGAUCUACCGCAUCGACCACUACCUGGGCAAGGAGAUGGUGCAGAGCCUGAUGGUGCUGAGGUUUGCCAACAGGAUCUUUGGCCCCAUCUGGAACCGGGACAACAUUGCCUGUGUGAUCCUCACUUUCAAGGAGCCAUUUGGCACUGAGGGCCGUGGCGGCUACUUUGAUGAGUUUGGGAUCAUCCGAGACGUGAUGCAGAACCAUCUCCUGCAAAUGCUGUGUCUGGUGGCCAUGGAGAAGCCUGCCUCCACCGACUCGGAUGAUGUCCGUGACGAGAAGGUCAAGGUCUUAAAGUGUAUCUCAGAAGUCAAGGCUGACGAUGUGGUCCUGGGGCAGUAUGUGGGGAACCCCAGCGGGGAGGGAGAAGUGACGAAAGGCUACUUGGACGACCCCACGGUGCCCCGGGGCUCCACCACAGCCACCUUCGCGGCCGUCGUCCUCUACGUCGAGAACGAGAGGUGGGACGGCGUGCCGUUCAUCCUGCGCUGCGGUAAGGCCCUGAACGAGCGCAAGGCCGAGGUACGGCUGCAGUUCCGCGACGUGGCAGGCGACAUCUUCCACCAGCAGUGCAAGCGCAACGAGCUGGUGAUCCGCGUACAGCCCAACGAGGCCGUGUACACCAAGAUGAUGACCAAGAAGCCCGGCAUGUUCUUCAACCCCGAGGAGUCGGAGCUGGACCUGACCUACGGCAACAGAUACAAGAACGUGAAGCUCCCCGACGCCUACGAGCGCCUCAUCCUAGACGUCUUCUGCGGGAGCCAGAUGCACUUCGUGCGCAGUGACGAGCUCCGGGAGGCCUGGCGCAUCUUCACCCCGCUCCUGCACAGGAUCGAGCGCGAGAAGCCCCCGCCCAUCCCCUACGUCUAUGGCAGCCGCGGCCCUGCGGAGGCAGACGAGCUGAUGAAGAGAGUGGGUUUCCAGUACGAGGGCACCUACAAGUGGGUGAACCCCCACAAGCUCUGAGCGCCUGCCUGGCCCCCUGCUUCCCCGGCCCGUCUGAGCUUCUGCCCCCACCCCCACACCCCCAGGAGGAUUUUGGGACCACAGGCCUCAGCCCCACAUUCCUCAGGGCCCAGGCUCAGGCCAGCCCACCCUCCCUGCUGCUCAGCCCUGAGCCCCAAGUACAUUCC